CCGUCGACUUAAGUUAUAGUGGAAACCAUGGCGUUCAAGAGUUUGUGUUUAGUACUGUGUGUGAUGCUGUUCACGAUGGAAGCACAUGGUGCCAAAACCUAUGUGGCAUACAAACGCUCCCUCAGCUUCUUCCAAGCCUGGCAACAAUGUCGCAUUAGUGGUGGACAUUUAGCCUCUAUUGAGUCGGCCGAAGAAAAUGCGCGAGUUGAGGCUGCCAUCAGGGCUGUAGGAGAUUUUACCAAAGAAUGGAUCAUUGGGGCCACAGAUCUUGGCGCGGAAGGUAAUUUCAUAUGGAUUGGCUUGAACAAAAAAGCCACGUACCUUAACUUUGGCCCAGGAGAACCUUCCAACAACGGCGGUACUGAAAAUUGUUUAGUGAUGGGAAGCGGAGGAGUAAGCAAGUGGAACGAUGUUACGUGUGAUAAUACACGGGCUGGUGGGUACGUUUGUGCUUUUGGUCGCUGAAAAUAAACAUGCUGAAUAAAAUAUAUAUAAAACAUAAAUUAAACCUUUGGAGAAGACUUUUGCUUGCAUAUUUUACAUACAUACUUUUCCAACGUUUCAGACGAAUGAUAAUGAUUUGAAAGGUCUAAAAUUUUACUAUCAAUAAAAGAUUCGACGAGAAACAUAAACGACCAACAGAUGCGGCAACAAAUAAUCCAGUACGGCAAAUUACAACAUUUUUGCAUCGGGAUGUGAGCGUAGUUCUUUAGAGUUAAUGUGCGUUCCGGAGUGCAAGCACGGCUUCGGAGCCGAUUCCUGCUAAACGGCUCCGAAGUCAGUUCCGAAACAACGGCUCCUGAACCUGCACGAGAAUUGGAAGAGCUCUCGUUUCCGCUUCUAUUUAUCCAUUUCUCCUUGUCAUAUUCUUCCAUUUGGUGCGCACUAUUUUCCUUACCCUUUGUCCCGAUAAGUGUUGUGUUAUUCCUGUAGCUGCUCUGAAACUUAAUCUUCUUCUUUCUUCAUUUUCUCGGCGACCAGAUUAUCCGAUCACGUUUAUCCAAGACUUGGGAAUUGGAUGUUGGACAAAAAUCCUUCUCAAAAUCAAUUCCAUAGUUAGUAGAGUUUGGAGGAAUCUUGGAUUGCUUAAAGCCAUUGCUCACGGCUUCUUGGGUUAUCUUAUCUGCUUGAAAACUUUGUAGUAGUGUUCGCUGGUCAGAUCGCUGGAUAGGAGAUAUGAUUUAUGUUGUACCAAUAUCAGAUACUUAUUUAUUCCCGAGCUUUUCUUUCAUUACGACUCUGUUUACGCUUUGCACGCGCAACACUGUUUUGACAGUCAACGCAUUAUUUUUCGCGUUGAUAUUUUCACCGGGGUAGCGUUACCGUUACAUAGUUUAGUGGUGUUAGUGCAAGGACCGUCUAGGGCCAAGAACUAUUGCGAAAAUCACUGCACUUGUAAUAAAAGACGUACGCCGAACGGUCAAGCGAGAAACCGCGCUCAACAUUAAUUUUCACCGUUCCGAAAGAGGAAAAAAAGCACAACGUGGGGAUUGAUCGCGAACAGACUCUAUCCAGCGUUAGAAAAUUGUAGCAAAAUUUGUAAGUAUUGGUAGUAACGAAUCUUUUUAUAUUAGGAAAGAAAAGAUAAGUUGCAAUUACUUUUCAUA